AAGAAACCUUCAUGUUUGGUGACCAUAACUUCAGAAGCAACUGGUCUUUGCUAAAAAUAGAUGAGAUAGAACAGUAGCAGCAGAAGUAGCAAAAGUUUCAUCCAUGUCAACCAAUGAAAUCACCUUCUUUCUCUUGCUCAUCAACCUCUCCCUCUUCCCAUCCAUCGCAGCCCUGAAUCAGGAAGGUCUCUCUCUGCUCUCGUGGCUCUCGACCUUCAAUUCAUCGCCCUCUGCCACUUUUUUCUCUUCAUGGAACUUCAACCAUCAGAAUCCAUGCGGAUGGGAGUACAUCAAAUGCUCCGACGACGGGUUCGUCUCAGAAAUAGCUAUCACAUCCGUCUAUAUUCCAACCCCCUUCCCCACACAAGUUCUCAACUUUAACCGCCUCACGUCCCUCGUCAUCUCCGGCGCGAACCUCACCGGGGAAAUCCCUCUUUCCAUAGGGAACUUGACAGGACUAGUCAGCUUGGACCUCAGUUUCAAUCACCUCAGAGGAAAAAUCCCUACCGAGGUCGGUAAAUUGUCUGAACUUCAGCUGUUGUCAUUGAAUUCGAAUUCCUUGAGCAGCAAGAUUCCUAGAGAAAUAUGCAACUGUUCAAGGCUUCGGCAAAUUGAACUCGUCGAUAAUCAGCUGUCCGGAAGAAUUCCGGCAGAAAUAGGCGAAUUGCGGUACUUAGAAAUUUUUCGGGCCGGUGGGAAUGCAGGCAUUAGUGGAGAGAUCCCAAUGCAGAUAUCAAGCUGCAAAGAGCUAGCAUUCCUGGGCCUCGCGGAUACAGGAAUUUCAGGGCAGAUUCCAGCUAGUUUAGGCGAGCUGAAGAACCUGAAGACACUUUCAGUCUACACGGCAAAUCUCACCGGCAAGAUUCCACCCAGCAUUGGCGACUGCUCGGCCUUGGAGAAUCUGUUUCUCUAUCAAAACCAGAUUUCCGGCACCAUUCCUUAUGAAUUGGGCCGGCUUGAGAAGCUCAAAAGAGUGUUGCUGUGGCAGAACAACUUAGGCGGCAGGAUUCCUGAUGCUCUCGGGAACUGUUCUCAGUUACUCGUCAUUGAUUUCUCGGUAAAUUCUCUUAGUGGCGAGAUUCCUUCGUCGCUGGCGAACUUAGUCACACUCGAGGAACUUCUACUAUCCCAAAACAACAUAUCAGGGGAAAUAUCGCCACUCAUUGGCAACUUGUUGAAUCUGAAGCAGCUAGAAUUGGAUAAUAACAGGUUUUCUGGCGAGAUUCCGGCCACCGUUGGGAAAUUGAAGAAGCUCACUCUUUUUUUCGCUUGGCAGAAUAAUCUCCAUGGCAGGAUACCGGGCGAGCUUGCCAACUGCGAGAAGCUUCAAGCGUUGGACCUUUCCCAUAAUUACCUCACUGGGUCAAUCCCAGAGUCUCUGUUCAGUCUCAGCAACUUAUUCCAAUUGUUGCUAAUCUCGAAUGACUUGGAUGGUGAGAUCCCGCCUAACAUAGGAGACUGUGCUAGCUUGGCUCGCUUGCGUCUUGGAUCAAACCGGCUCAGUGGUAAAAUCCCCCCAGAGGUUGGGCUUCUCUACAAUCUGACCUUUCUUGAACUCUCGGAGAAUCAUUUCAGCGGAUGGAUCCCCCCGGAAAUCGGCAACUGCACUAAGCUGGAAAUGGUUGAUUUGCAUGAAAACAAGCUCGAAGGCAUGAUCCCAACAUCUUUCGAGGCCCUCACAGGGCUCAAUGUGCUAGAUAUUUCUGCGAAUAACAUACAAGGGACAAUACCUGAGAACUUGGGCACGCUCAAAUCUCUGAAUAAGCUAAUAUUGAGCGAUAACAAGAUCACAGGUGCUAUUCCACGGUCGUUGGGACAAUGUAUGGCUCUUCAGCUAUUUGAUUUAAGCUGCAAUAGGAUAACGGGGUCCAUUCCAUUCGAGAUUGGUCAUUUGCAAGGAUUGGAUAUUUUGCUGAACUUGAGCUGGAAUUCUCUAUCAGGACCAAUCCCAGAAAGCUUUGCAAAUCUAUCCAAGCUUGCCAAUUUGGAUAUCUCGCACAAUGCAUUGACGGGAAGUCUUGGAGUGCUCGGCAAUCUCGACAAUCUGGUGUCUCUGGACGUCUCAUACAACAAUUUUUCCGGCCUUCUUCCCGAUACUAAGUUAUUUCAAGAUCUGCCUCCAACUGCUUAUGCUGGCAACCCAGAGCUCUGCGUUUACAAAAAUAACUGCCGCCAACGGCAGAGCAUCCGUGCCACAAAAUCCACCAGAAACCUUGUCAUUUGCGUUCUUCUAAGCAUUAUAAUGACGAUAGCAAUCAUCACCAUCGGGACAAUUUUAUUCAUCAAAAUUUAUGGCAGUGCGUUCAGAGGAAAUAAUGACGAGAACGAUCUGCAAUGGACUUUUACCCCCUUUCAGAAGCUUAACUUCUCCGUGAAUGAUAUCCUUACACAACUGUCGGAUUCGAAUAUCAUAGGGAAGGGUUGUUCCGGAAUGGUUUACCGAGUGGAAACUCCAGCGGACCAGGUUAUCGCUGUGAAGAAGCUCUGGCCAUUGAAAAAUGAGGAGAUUCCUGAAAGAGACUUGUUUUCUGCAGAAGUUCGGGCCCUAGGAUCAAUAAGGCACAAGAACAUACUGAGGCUCUUGGGUUGCUGUGAUAACGGGAAGACUAGGUUGCUCUUGUUCGAUUACAUCAGCAACGGAAACUUAGGCGAGCUGCUUCACGAGAAGAGGCAGUUCUUGGAUUGGGAUGCGAGAUACAAGAUCAUACUAGGAGCGGCGCACGGUUUGGCCUAUCUUCACCAUGAUUGCAUCCCUCCCAUAGUUCAUCGAGACAUCAAGUCGAACAACAUUCUGGUGGGACCACAGUUCGAAGCAUAUAUCUCGGAUUUCGGCCUAGCAAAGCUAGUCAAUUCUUCGGAUUGUUCGAUGACUGCCAACACCAUUGCUGGCUCUUAUGGGUACAUGGCUCCUGAAUACGGAUACAGCUUGAAGAUCACGGCGAAGAGUGAUGUGUACAGCUUUGGCAUAGUUCUCCUAGAAAUUCUGACCGCGAAGCAACCAAUGGACAAUAGGAUUCCUGAAAAUAUGCACAUUGUUGCAUGGGUGAACAGAGAACUCCGAGAAAGGAAAAGCGAGUUCAUGUCCAUCCUUGACCAGCAAUUAGUAUUGAGUUCAGGUACACAAGUUCAGGAGAUGGUACAGGUUCUUGGGGUGUCGCUCCUGUGUGUGAACCCGCACCCGGAGGAUCGGCCCACCAUGAAAGAUGUAGUGGCCAUGCUCAAGGAGAUCAGGCAUGAAAAUGAGGAUCAUGAGAAGCCAAGCAAAGCUUUCGGGAGCAACCCAAAAGCAGCUGUUCAUUGUUCCAGUUUCUCUAGAUCAUCUGAACCUCUCAUCGGAUCAUCUUCCUAGGUAUAGGAGGACCUCAAGUUCCAGAUCUGUGGUUCUUGUUCCCCUUAAAAAAUGACCUAUUCAUUGUAUAGAUUGAUGUGUAUAACACAAACCAAAAUUCAUUUGGCUUCCUCUUAAGGUAAGCACAUUGCACGUA